CGAACAUGCACACCGCCAGCUUCAAUCCUGCCGCCGGGGGGAAAUUGGCAGGAGUCCUGUUUGCCCUAAUGCUUGUGACCUUCGUGGUCGAGAGUCAAUUAACUCAGUAUGUCCAGACGGAUCUCGGCUUCCGCCAACCGUACUUUGUAUUCUAUAUCGUACACUCCGCCUUUGCGAUAAUGUGGCCGCUCCACUUUCUAUUUCUCGUGAUCAGCUCCAAGGACUCUCCUCGCGCAAUCAUCAGAGGACUGUACGUCUCUCUAGCCGAGCACAUCGCUCCUACCGUCUUUGACAGUCCGGCGUCAUUCCCCAUCUGGGGGUCCCUUCGUCUGGUCGUCAUAUUAUCUCUGUUUGUUUCCGUACCAGCCUUGCUUUGGUUUGUUGCUAUCACACAAGCUCCAUUACCUGAUGUCACCGCUUUAUGGAACACCAAUGCCUUCUUCGCGUACAUAUUAACGGUUAGGCUAUUCGGACUGAGGUGGGAAGCGCGCCGUCUCUUGUCCGUGGUAAUCGCCACUGCUGGCGCUGCGCUGGUGGUGUACGGCAGUAGCGGUGCACCUGCAAGCGCGGACGCAGGCGUUUCAGCGGCCGAGACGAGAAUGGCUCUCAUCGGAGACCUCCUUACUCUGAUCGCUUCCGUCAUAUACGGCAUUUAUCAAGUGCUAUACAAGAUGUAUGCCGCACCUCCGGACCAUCUUGAGCCAAUACCAGCCGACGCGGCCUACGAACCUAUCGUCAGCGCUAUGGACGACCCCGCAGAGACACCGAUCUUUGACAAGCCAGAGAUGGUAUACCCCCCUCCGUUCGGUCUCUACGCGAACGCCCUCACCUCCGCCAUCGGUGUCUGCACCUUCGUGCUUCUCUGGGUGCCAAUUCCUAUUCUGCACUAUUACGGCCUAGAGACGUUCCACCUGCCUGCUGAUAUUAAGACGGUAUCCGUCAUCGCAUGCAUCGCUUUGAGCGGCGUCGCUUUCAACGCAACUCUUAUGAUUCUGUUGGGCCUAUGGGGGCCUAUUGUUACGUCCGUCGGAAACUUACUAACCAUUGUUCUCGUUUUCAUCUCGGACAUUAUCUUUGGGGGUUCUGUGCAGAGCGUUACGGGCUGGAGUCUGCUCGGUUCGGGAGCAAUCAUCGUUGCCUUCGGCGUCCUGGCAUACGAUAUAUUGCGGAAGCAAUAGCUCUAGUCUCGCGACUCACAGCUACCUUUAAUCCGUGUCGGGAUACCAGACAGUAGAAGUAUUUUCACUAUCAAUUUCACGCAGAUAAUGAUCAA